GGCGGGGCCGGAAGGAGCGCGGCGGUGGCCUCCGCGGCCGCGACGGAGCUGCCGGUUGCGGCUUGUGGCGACUGGGCGCCCGGCGACGGGGGCUUCCAAGCCCGCCUCGCGAGCCGGAGAGCUGAGUGGCGAGUACCCCGAUUAAGGCCCAGUCCCAGGAGGAGCCUGCAAGCUCGAUAUUCACCAUGUUUAGAUAUUAGCAAGCAAAUGUUAUGUCUGCAUUUGAAAAUGGCAGAGGGAAAUAACAAUGAAGAGGUAAUUCACUUGAACAACUUUCACUGCCACCAGGGACAAGACUGGAUCAGUCUCAGAGACGGACCCAUCACCAUUUCUGAUGACUCUGAUGAAGAAGGAGUUCCAAUGAUGGUCACCUCAGCUUCUCAGCAACAUGACGAAGAGGACCUGGAUGAUGAUGUCAUCCUGACAGAAGAUGAUUCUGAGGAUGACUACGAUGAAUUUCUGGAUCUUGGGCCUCCUGGAGUUUCUGAAUUCAUUAAUCCAAAUGGCCAAACAGAAGGAGAACCCAAGCCUGGACCAAGUCAUAACCAAGCAACAAAUGAUAUUGUCAACCCCGGAUCAGGGCCAAAAAUCAUCUGGAGAAAAAAUGGCCUUCUUAUUCCAGAUAAUGAUCCUUUGGACACUCAGAACCAGUCAUCUGAAGACUCAGAGACAGACCUUCUAUUAAACCUCGGAGACUCGACUGAUAUGCUAGAUGAUCAGACCAUCGAAGACGACUGCUGGUUAGAAAACCCUCCUUACUUCCAGUCUCUAAACCAGCAGCCCCGUGAGAGAGCAAACCAGGUUGUUCCUCAGGAGCGGCAGCCUGAAGCAGAACUGGGCCCGUUGUUCUAUCAGCAUGAGCCCCUGGGGCUGGCUUUUCCAAGGCCGGCUUUUCCAAGACCAGAACCCCAGCACGACGGCAUUCCAGGCCCCUCUUCUCAGCCCGCCCAUCUUCUAGGAGAGCUUGACGACCAACAGCUAGCAAUAGACGACGACGAGCCAGGCCCAGCCUUUCCACUACAAGGAUCUCAGGAGCCCAAUUUGGAAAACCUUUGGGAGCAAGAAGCUAAUGAAGUAGACCAGGAAGUUGUUGCAAUACUAGUGGAAGAAACAGAAGCAAGAUUUCCAGAUGUAGCAACUGGCUAUAUUGAGGAAUUAAUUCAUUUGAAGAAUUAUUAUGAUUUGAAUGUACUUUGUAAUUUUCUUCUGGAAAACCCAGAUUAUCCAAAGAGAGAAGAUCGAGUCAUUAUCAACCCUAGUAGCAGCCUGCUUGCUAGUCAAGAUGAGUUAAAGUUGCCUAAGAUAGACUUCUUUGACUAUUCUAAAUUGGCUCCUCUUGACCAGCGCUGCUUCAUCCAAGCUGCUGACCUCCUGAUGGCCGACUUCAAAAUGCUCAGCAGCCAGGACAUCAAGUGGGCCCUGCAUGAGCUCAAAGGACACUAUGCAAUCACCCGAAAGGCCUUUUCUGAUGCCAUUAAAAAAUGGCAGGAGCUAUCACCAGAAACCAGUGGAAAAAGAAAAAAGAGAAAAGAAAUGAACCAGUAUUCUUACAUAGAUUUCAAGUUUGAACAAGGUGACAUAAAAAUAGAAAAAAGGAUGUUCUUUCUGGAAAAUAAGCGGCGGCAUUGUAGGUCCUAUGACCGGCGUUCCCUCCAUCCAGCUGUGCAGCAAGAGCAGGAGUUCUAUGAACAGAAAGUCAAAGAGAUGGCAGAGCAUGAAGACUUUUUGCUUGCUCUGCAGAUGAAUGAAGAACAGUAUCAAAAGGAUGGCCAGCUGAUUGAGUGCCGCUGCUGCUAUGGGGAAUUUCCAUUUGAGGAGCUGACUCAGUGUGCAGAUGCUCACUUGUUCUGCAAAGAGUGUCUCAUCAGAUAUGCCCAGGAGGCCGUCUUUGGAUCUGGAAAGUCAGAGCUUAGCUGCAUGGAAGGCAGCUGCACAUGUUCCUUCCCAACCAGCGAACUGGAGAAGGUGCUACCCCAGACCAUCCUGUGUAAAUACUAUGAGCGGAAGGCCGAAGAAGAGGUCACUGCAGCCUAUGCUGAUGAGCUGGUCCGGUGCCCCUCCUGCAGCUUCCCUGCUCUGUUGGACAGUGACGUGAAGAGGUUCAGCUGUCCCAAUCCUCGCUGCCGAAAGGAAACCUGUAGGAAGUGUCAGGGACUCUGGAAAGAGCACAAUGGCCUCACCUGUGAAGAGCUGGCUGAAAAAGAUGACAUCAAGUACCGGACAUCUAUUGAAGAGAAAAUGACUGCUGCUCGCAUUAGAAAAUGCCAUAAAUGUGGGACGGGCCUCAUCAAAUCCGAAGGCUGCAACCGCAUGUCUUGCCGCUGCGGAGCCCAAAUGUGCUACCUCUGUCGAGUAUCCAUCAAUGGGUAUGACCAUUUCUGCCAGCAUCCUCGCUCUCCAGGAGCCCCCUGCCAGGAGUGUUCAAGAUGUUCUCUCUGGACCGACCCCACUGAAGAUGAUGAGAAGCUAAUUGAGGAAAUCCAGAAGGAAGCCGAAGAGGAACAGAAAAGAAAGAACGGAGAAAACACCUUCAAGCGCAUCGGGCCCCCCUUGGAGAAGCCGCCAGAGAAAGUCCAGAGGAUGGAAGCCCUGCCGAGGCCCGUCCCGCAGAACCUGCACCAGCCGCCGAUCCCCGCCUACGCUUUCGUGCACCCCCCCUUCGCCCUGCCCCCCGUGCGGCCCAUGUUCAACAACUUCCCCCUCAACAUGGGUCCCAUCCCGGCACCCUACGUGCCGCCUCUGCCCAAUGUGCGGGUCAACUACGAGUUUGCCCCCGUCCACCUGCCCCUGGAGCACAACCUGCCCAUGCACUUUGGCCCCCAGCCGCGCCAUCGCUUCUGACGCCCUCGCCCUGCCCCUCGGCGCCCCACUGAGCAGCGUGUGCAGGCGGGGCUUGGUGAGAUCCCUGUCCACCCCGCGGCCAGUGGCUGUGCCAGGCUCUCUAGGUAGGGAUGAUGGGCUUGACUCCUAAAAGCGAGUGGCUGGCGGGCUACUUCUUGCUGACCAGAGCUCGGGGCAGCCACACCCCCUUCCGAAGAGGUCUGCCAUCCUGGCAGCCAGUGCAAUGGCCCCUGGUGCAGGUGGUCACCUCUGCUCCGUUACUGCUCCCUGCAGAGAGAGACAGGGGAAGGUUUGCCUCCAUCCCCUCGUCACCAGACAACAGGCGUCUUGAUGAGAAACCACAUAGGCCUUCCUCGCCACAGCUGUCAGGUUCCUAAUAAAGCUGAAGCAACAAGUAGUGCCGUUUGGAGAGAGGUGAGAGUCGUGUCCCAGGCCAGUGCCGCAGCACCCCCUUGCACUGGGGCCCCAGAAUGAGGCGCUCUGAGCCGGCUGGACCCCGUGAAGAGGCUAGAGCAGUGGCCACAGGCCCAAGAGCACCAUACAAGGUGGGGGAGCUACAGACCAUGUCCCCCACGUCCAGAACCCCAGGGCGCCACCUUGGCGACAGCUCAGAGGUCUGUCCUCUCCUCUCGGCCUGCUCAGGUGAGACCAUCGUGCUGUGGGUUCUGUUCUGUGACUUAGCUAAAAUGUUCGCAUUUGCUACGUUGCAUUUACUGUUUUCCGUGGCCCACUAGUCGCCCGCAGUCCCCGGGAAGUCACCUUAUCCCAGGUCAGGCAGCCGGACGGCCCUGAGACUCUGCCAAAUGGAAGGCCUUUUUGGGGCAGCAGUUCCCGGGGAGCCUUCUCAGUCAGCAGCCAGGCGGGAGCAGCUCCCCUGAGGCUCGGGGGGCGGUGGGUUUCUCCAGGGGGACAGAGGCCCCAGCUUGUGCUCAGUACCCGCCCAAGGUGCUGCCCCGCCAGGUGCUCAGCAGGCCUAGCCGCUGCCCUGUCCUGAGGUUCGUUGAGGCUCUGGGGUCCCUGCUUGUCCUCACCCCAGCCGUGUGCAGAGCGGAGGCCUCCGCUGGGGCCAAGCCUGCCUGGCUCCCUGUGUUGGUCCAGUUUCCACUGCUGUGUCUGAUGUCGGGGCGUUCCCAGAAGUUCAGAGGGCACCACAGGCCUCAGAGAGGAGGGGAGCCGAUGACCCUCCCUGUCCCUGUUCCAGAGGCUGCGCCGCCCAGGCCUGCUCACCGCGGCAGGACGCGAGCAGCACUGCGUGUGGCCACCUGCUGCCUUCCGCCUCUCAGAUGUUUCCAGAAUUAGAACGGAUAAGUGUGCUAAGCUGCCCCGCACUGCCCUUCCUCAGGGGAGGCUGUGCAGGCAGCCGGGCACCUGGGCAUGAGGUGGGACCCAUGAGGACAGGCCUGCAUUGGUCUCCGCUGCCGGGGGCUACCUGCACCUUGGUGCCAACCUGAAUGGCAGUGACAGGACCUGAGAAAGCAUGUGCCCUCUGCUUUCUUCCCCAAAGGGGGUUCUCUAAGAACAGUGAGCCCCCAACAGACAUCCCGCCCGUGGGAAGGGUGAGCCCAUGCACUGCCCUGCCCCGCUAGUGACAGCGCUCACCCUGGCCUCCUAGGCCUGAGUGGGUUCAUUCCACCUCUGGCCCACAGCGGGCUCUGUGGCUCCAUGGAGGGCCUGGGGCAGGUAGCACGUGCCUGUCACUGCCAUCCAGCAAGUUCCCAGGGACCUGGCUUGCAACAAGCAGAGUAAUGGCCCCCCCAGGCCAACCUGAGAACCUGUCCUUGGAGAAUUCUGGCUGUUGCUCACCCACCCACCCACCUGGCUCCCCGGGAGGCAUUCCUGCCAGUGGGGCUCACAGGUCAUGAGUUCAACCCUGUUUGACCCUCUAGAUACCUCAGGGCCCUGAAGGCAGGACCUGGAUCCCGGGUCCUCAAGAAGCUGUCCUGCUAGUGAUGGGGUUUGGGCCAGAGAUGGGGCCGGAAUCAUCUGACAAGCCAGUGGCUGCAAGAUGCAAGUGACAGGAACCCACAGAGAUCAGCCCCUUUCCGGGGACCAAGCAGGAUGCUCAGCGGCGCCUGACACCUUCCCCUCUGGGCCGCGUGCUCCCAGAGCCAGAUACCGCCCAGCGACAGUCCCGCUCCACUUGCCUUAAAACUGGAGAGAGGAAUCUAGUAUUUGCACUUCGCAAAGGAUUUUAAAACUUAAAAGUGCAUGGCCUGUCACUUUAUAAAAAUAGCAGAAAUGAUUACUAAAUGUUUUCUUUACUUUCUGGUAGUAAAAACAUAAAAUAACCCUGUUUUAAUUACUAUGUACAGAGUCUGUAUCAUAUGUACCUUGGACUUUUGUAAAUAAAUGUUUGUGCACACUC